AUGUCGGCCACUAACAACAUCGCCCACGCCAGGAAGCUGGUGGAGCAGCUGCGGAUCGAGGCCGGGAUGGAGCGGAUCAAGGUCUCCAAAGCCUCCCUGGAGCUGAUGAACUACUGCGAGCAGCAGGCCAGGAACGACCCCUUGCUGGUUGGCGUCCCCACCUCGGAGAACCCCUUCAAGGACAAGAAGCCCUGCACCCUCCUAUAG